AUGGUGGAGAGAAAGCAUUUGAGUCUUGUUGACGAGGUAAAGGAAUUGAGAGGAAAAAUGGUGGAGAAACUGGAGCUAGAAGAGAGGAUGAUCCGUAAGAUGGUUGAAGAAAGAGUGAAAGAAGAGCUAGAAGAGGUGAAAGCAAAAAUGAAAGAAGAAAUGAUGAUGGCUGCUGAAACUUUGCAGAAGAUGGCUCGAGAGAUGGCAAAAACGAGCAUGCAAAAGGUUGGGAUUACAUUGUUGGUUGUAGGAACCAUUGCUUGCAUUUGUGGUAAGCUUAUGGGCUAG